GCAUUUAAGUAUUUAUUCAUUUAUUUUUUCGUAUGUAUGGUUCACUGUAUGCUUACAUUUAUUAAUUUAGCGACGCAUCUUUUAUUUAAUUUGAUUAAUCAAUCCUUCUGGUUAAUUUGAUUUAGUGUAGCGUGACUAAAAACCAUGUAGGGUUAUAUCAUCCGUUAAGUGUCCAUGGAUUCACACUUCGAUUUUUCACCAGGAAACAGUAACAUCCGGGUACUUUGAACAUACUAAUUUCAGUAUACUAUGACUUGGGACGUACUAAUUCUAUUUACGAAUAAUAUUUAGGACGCACAGUAUGCGAACUGGGAUGCAGCAAAUACGUCUGUAGGGGCAGUAAUGCGUCCACACGAUAUAUCGUUUGUUCACGUUACGUCUAAAUCAAUAUUUGCCCAAACGGCCUUCCAUAUAAUUGGGACAAAGCCCAUGCAUUCUCUGUUCUUGUGUUCUUGAGUUUUGGAACCGGACUUUGACGGCUAUUGAUGACGUAGAGCGAGGACACGAGAGCCCUGAAGAACGCAUAUUAAGAAACGGCAAUACUUCCGGUCGCUGCUUUUACUCCUCCCCUUACUGCACCCGCCUACUCUCGCCUUCUUCUCAAGCCAAAUUAAAAACACCUAUACUAUACUAGUUCGAAAUCUUCCAUUAAUUGGGAGACGCCCUGCAGAGACCCCAUAAAUUACCACCUCGGUGCGCAUGCGUCUUUCCUGCUUCGUUUACGAAGUGUCUUUCUUUCUGCCAUGGCCAGGACAGAUAGUUUAAGGAUAGGGACUAUUGUUCUGUUAUGUAUUUAUGUUACAUGUGCCAUCCGUAACUUAAAAGAGGGACCUAUGAUAGGACCAGAUUCUAGAGAGUACAAAACUGCGCCUUUGCCGAGAGAUGUCCAUAAAGACGUGGCCACGAGCAAAGAUGCACCUGUGCAGGUAAUUUGCACUGAGCGGACCAUGAUUGUGAUCAUUCGUGCUGAUCUUCACUCGACCGGGCGUCGGAUCACUGCCAACGAACUGCAGCUCGGCCGCUCAACCAAAAGCUGCAAAGUGUCUCCGUACAGUGAUACUGAAUAUGUGAUUGAAGCUGAUUUGCAUCAGUGUGGCUCUGAGCUAUGGAUUGAUGGAGAUCAUCUGGUAUAUUCAAAUCAACUGAUCUACACACCGGAGCAGAACCGUUAUGGUAUUGCCCGGACAAGUGAAGCUGCAAUUCCUGUUGAAUGUCACUACAAAAGGACUCACUUUGUAAGCAGUAUUCACGUGAGACCAUCCGAGGGGCCAUUGACUACAAAAUCAACUCUGGAAGGGAUCCGUUUUUCCUUUGAGCUUAUGAAGGAUGAUUGGAGGAGUAAAACGUCUUCAAGAGUCUACCACCUUGGUGAAAUUAUGAAUAUCCAGGCUUCUUUUGAGACUGCAGAGCCUGCUCCAUUCAGAUUGAUAAUGGACAGUUGUGUGGCAACCCUGAAACCUGAUUCUGCAUCAGUGCCCCGCUAUGUGUUCGUUCAGAAUCAUGGAUGUCUUGUUGGCUCAAAAUCGGCAGGCUCCAGUGCCCGAUUCAUGCCACGAAAACAAAACAACGUUCUUCAGAUGCAGAUGGAUGCUUUCCGUUUCAAUGAAGACCGUAGAAACUCUAUCUAUAUCACAUGCAAUCUGAAGGUUGUUGAUCUGACUGUGAAUGAUGUGAACAAGGCCUGUACCUACUCUGGACACAGGUGGUCGAGUGUGGAUGGUAAGGAUGAGGUUUGUAAAUGCUGUGAGACUGUUUGUCAUCUCAACGAGAAACCACUCACCAAGUGGAGUAGAGGAAGUAGACUGCCGAAUGGGUCUGUCAGUGGAGAUUCAACAAAGUCCAAAACAAUGACGCUUGGUCCUAUUAAAGUUCUUGGCUGAUUAUUUAAUCAUGAAAAAUAAAAAAAAUCAGAUAUUAUAUGGUUUCAUUGUGAUUUAAUAGUUUCGCUGUGGAUCUGCACAAGUGGUUAGCAACACAAUAAAGAUAAUGCACAAGCAUAUAUAUUGAAAAUAUUUUAAUGCCGUUUUAAUAACUGUAAGGGUAUGUACUUAAAUAUGCUCUUAUUAAUUUGUCCCUGUUUAAAGUGAUGGUUCACCCCAAAAAAUCUGUCAUUUCAAACUUUUAUGGCUUUCUUUCUACCGCAGAACACCAAAGAUAUUUUGAAGAAAGUCGGUAACCGAACCGCACAGGCCCCUAUUCACUUCUAUUGUAUGAACACUAAACCAGUGCAAGUGAAUGGGGGUAAUUGCCAGUUAACAAUAUUCCUCAAAACAUGUUCUGUGGAAGAAAGUCAUACAGGUUUGAUAUAAGAGGGUGAUUAAAUGAAAUAAAUUUUAUUUUGGGGGAACGAUCACUUCGUUGUUGCAACACUUGUUCCACUUCUAAGUCCCUCUAGACGGGGGUA